AUGUCUCCUAGUUCUAGUUCAUCAAACAACGAGGAAAAGACACACCUUCCUAAUAGUCUACAUAAAACCAGUGAUGAAGAUGGUGGUGGCCCCGACAAUACUUCAAUAGCUUCAUCAGAAUCCCAACAAAAUGAUUCUCGUGAUCUGCACCAAGUGAAACCAUUGAAUCGAUCAGAUUCACCUGUGUAUCCAGCAAACUCACCUUAUACUGCAUUCCCACCUCAUAUUCAUCAUCAGGAAUCACGUCAUAGUAACAAUUCACGAAGAAGUUCAAGACAACAAUUUGCAGAUGCACAUGAACCACCAAAUCCUAUACUUGGCCCCUUGGCCGACUUGGAACAAAGUGUAUCUUCAUUUGAAGAUUUAGAAAGACAACGAUCACAAGUGACUAGACAACAAUCAACGGCAACCUCGGGAUCGAAAAAAUCACUUCGUGUUCCCAUGAAGGAAAAACGUGGAUUAUUAGCACAAUUGGUGAUUGUGCCGGAGUAUCGUGAUGCUCGAGAAUACCCGAAUAAGAUCAAGUAUUUGAUUGUAACUAUUAUUGCUUUGGCUUCAGUGACUGGUCCCAUGGGAACUUCAAUUAUGUUGCCAGCAAUUGAUGAUAUUGUUGAUAAGCUACAUACAACCAAUUCCGAAGUCAAUGUUUCUGUUGGUGUAUAUUUACUCUCGUUGGGUAUUUUCCCGCUUUGGUGGUCUUCAUUUAGUGAACGAUUCGGAAGACGUUCGGUUUAUCUAGUCAGUUUUGUGUUUUUUGUGGCAUUUUCAAUUGGAACUGCAUUAUCUCCCAAUAUUUCCGCAUUGAUUGUGUUGCGUGUGUUGCAAGGUGGGUCCUCUGCCUCAGUUCAAGCUGUUGGUGCAGGAACAAUUGCCGAUUUGUUUGCUCCGCACGAAAGAGGUGUAGCAAUGGGAUGGUAUUAUCUUGGUCCUUUAAUGGGUCCAUUUAUGGCACCCAUCUUGGGUGGUGCUGUUUCUCAAGCAUGGGGCUGGAGAGCAACACAGUGGUUGUUGUUGAUUUUUGCUGGGUGUAAUUUGCUAUCAAUGACUUUUCUUUUGCCAGAGACGCUUCGGAAAGUUGACAAUUUACAAGCCAUCAGAGCAAUGAUGCAAAAUCAACAAGACCCAAAUGAAGAUGAUGAAAAGAGUGAUUUGUCUGCGCUCGGUGAUGAAGAGGAUAAUGGCUCUCUUAGUGGAGGUAGCUUAUCAGACCAAGAGCGUAAACAAAAGCAGCAGAAAUCACACGAGCCAAAGCCAAUAUCUGAUACAGAAUUACAACGAAUUGCAACAAAUCUCAGCAGACGCUCAGUAGCAGCAUCUGUAAACUCCCAUUUUGAAGAUGCUGACGAUGACUGUCCAGUAAUGGAUCCCGUUAUGCCCACCCUAUCACGUUUAACUACAAAUAGAUCAACCUAUUCUCGAAGAUUACAACAACAGUAUAUUUCCGAAGAAGUACGUCGAUCAGCGUCGAAUGUACCCUCACGAGUGGCAUCGCGCAACACAUUGACCCCGGGCGAUGAUGCUGCAAAUGAAGGACGACCCGAUAAAUGGGCUAAUUUCAAAACCAACGCCUAUGAUUUGAUCAUUCGUCCACUACAUUCAACAAUCUUACUCAAACACCCACCAGUUAUACUAGUCAUUUUAUUCUCCGGUAUUUCAUUUGCAUUGAUUUAUUUCUUCAAUAUGGCCAUCUCCUAUGAAUAUUCCAAAUCACCAUACAAUUUCUCGCAAAUCAUUGUUGGGUUGAUGUAUAUCCCCAACUCAGUCACUUAUUUCGCCGCAUCAAUGAUUGGUGGUCGAUGGAAUGAUUACUUGUUGAACAAGUAUGCCGAAAAACAUGGUGAAUUAGUUCCGGAAUCACGUAUUUCGUGGAAUAUUGUCCUUGCUUGUAUUUUGUAUCCCAUUGCUUGUCUCAUAUUUGGAUGGACUAUCAAGUAUGGUGAGUUUUGGCUUGUUCCGUUGAUUGGAACUGCCAUUUGUGGAUUUGCUUCAAUGUUGGUGAUUGGAGCUACGGUGACAUACUUGGUGGAUACGUUGCCUGGAAAGGGGGCUACUGGAGUAGCAUUGAAUAAUUUGAUUCGUCAAAUUUUAGGGGCAGUGGCUACGUUUAUUGUUGAACCUUUGUUGAGAGCUAUUGGACCUGGUAUUUUGUUUAGUAUCUUGGCGGGAAUCUUGAUUGUUGCUACCUUGAUAUUGCUUUAUUUGAAGAAAAGAGGUGCGUAUUUUAGAGAGCAUUAUGAUUUGAUGCUUCUUUAUGAUAAAUUAUAG